AUGCUGUCUUCCUCUACCUCCAGGCAGAGACGCCAUGCCUCUCGCAGGCCCGAGGGAGGUAGAGAUCCUCCUUUUCGUGAGACAGGUCGAGGCCGCUCGAACCGGCAAAAGUAUCGAGCGCAUCGAGCCCAGUCGAAUUCGUCCGUGCCUCCAUCAGAAGCAAUCUCCCGUCAUCGACCAACGCCAGCCCGAUCGGAGACACAUUCCUUCAAUGGCACGAACAAUCAUGAGGUACAAUCGUCGCACGAUGACGAUUUUCUGGACAAGGUCAUUGUGGCUAUCAAUCUCAAAGAAAAAGGAAGGGUUGGUUGUGCAUACUAUAUUGCGGCCGAGGAAAGACUUUUGUGUAUGGAAGAAUUUGAUGGUGGAGGCGUCGACAUGAUCGAAAGAAUAAAACUUGAUGUCCAGCCCACUACGGUCAUACUGUCGCCUCAAUCUGAUGCUGCAUCGGAAACCAAGGACACAGGGGUUCGACGACAGGUGUCUCUGAUCGACAGUGAUGAGGACAACCACCCUCUCCCUUACGAAAUUGAAAUACGACCUUCGCACGACUUCAGCUACGAAAGUGCGUUAAACAAGCUCAUUAACCUUCUUCCCUUCGCCAGCCAUGAUCAUGCUUCCGAAUUCUUCGUACCAGGCGAAGCGGCCACCCUGGAAGAAGGAUUACAGCCUGAAGAGCUAGGCUUGACCAGACGUCGGGGCAAGCUGAUACAGGUCUCUUCCUGGCUCGAUCUGCACAACAGACUCAGCAUUGGGUGCAUGGGCGCCGUCAUCGGCUACCUCCAGCGAAGGAGGUCCACGCAAUAUCAAGAUGAUGGCUUUGACACCAACUUGCCUUGGCGAGUACGCAGGCUUGAGAUGUUUCAUCUUAGAGAUAUAAUGCUGGUCAACACGGACACUUUGAUGUCGCUACAGAUUGUCCAGCCGGAGAGCAGCCCAGCCGCUCACAAGCAAUGUCCACGUUCAUCCGUGGCAAAAGAGCCACUGUCAAUUCAUGGGCUCUUCCAAAAGAAUGCCAAAACACCGCAGGGAAAGGUCCUUCUCCGACAAGCCUUUCUCAGACCAUCUCUCGACAUGGAGCAUAUCAUCAAGCGCCUCGACAUAGUGUCGGUUUUCGUCCGCCCGGACAACGAUGGGGCGUGCCGCAAACUCACCAAGAACCUCAGCAAGAUCAAGAACAUGCGGACCACAACGACUCUCCUGCAGAAAGGCAUUGACAGCGGCAAGCAAAAGUACAAUGCCUUCAAAAGCGGAGUCUGGGCAUCGCUGCUCGACUUCUGCUACCACACAAUCGAGAUUGCAGAUACCUUGCAGGAAGUAUUGGGAGCCGAUCGACUCCCGCUCUUUGUAGUCGCCUCAGACGUCCUGGACCGACACAGCCUGCAACGGCUCGGGCGGAUGAUAUAUGAGAUCGUCGACCUAGAUGCAUCGACCGACCAGCAGCGCACCGUCAUCAAGCCCGGUGUCAACGAACAGCUGGACGGGAUCAAGAUCAUCUACGAUGACAUGGAAGACAUGCUGACCACAAAGGCCGUCGAGAUCUCCCGCUCCUUGCCGGCCGGAGUCAUUGUCGACUUGGAGGUCACAUACCUGCCUCACAUGGGAUUUCAUGUCGGGGUGCUACUGGACGCGGCGACCGGACAGCCCGUCUACGAUGGCCGUCAACUCGGGUGGCAGCGGACUUUCAACACGGAAAAGAUGGUCUACUUCAAAAACGCCGCCAUGAAUGAACUGGAUGAGGACUUGGGUGACUUGUACGCCAACAUCUGCGAUCUCGAAAUCGAGAUUGCCUAUGACCUUGCUCAAAAGGUGCUCGAGGAGGCGAAAUUGCUGGUCACGGCGUCCGACAUCUGCGGUGAACUCGAUUGCAACCUGGCGUUUGCGCAUACGGCACGUCAGUACAAGAUGACUAGACCGCGCAUGACAGAAGACAAUGUCAUUGAAAUCAAGGGUGGUCGGCACUUGUUACAGGAACUGACAGUCCCUUCUUUCGUUCCCAACGACACUUUCUUGGUUGGCGGCCGUGGUGACGGUGGUGGCGGUGGCAGAAAUCACAACACUACGACUGAUGGCCCGAGCCUGUUGAUACUGACGGGGCCGAACUAUUCAGGAAAAUCCGUGUAUCAGAAACAGGUCGCUCUGGCGGUUUAUAUGGCCCAGGUGGGAUCGUAUGUACCGGCCGAUGCAGCCACCAUUGGCAUCACCGACAAGAUUUAUACACGCAUCACUUCUCGGGAAUCCGUGUCUAGUAUCGGCUCGGCGUUCAUGAUCGACAUGCAGCAAAUCGCCAUGGCGCUCAAUUCGUGCACAAGGACAAGUUUGAUCGUGAUUGACGAGUUUGGCAAAGGCACCGACUCAUGUGACGGGGCAGGGCUCGCCGCCGGCGUCCUUCAACACCUGUCAUCCCUCGGACCUGAAACCCCCAAAGCUCUGGUGGCCACUCAUUUCCACGAGAUUUUCGAGCUUGGCCUGUUCGACACGGCGACAAACAUCGCUUUUGCGCACAUGGAAGUGCGAGUGGAUGAACGAAAGGGCCGCCAUGAGGGCCACAGCAGCACUGAAGUUACACAUCUUUACAAUCUCCGACCCGGCAGGAGUGAUACCUCGUAUGGUGUCCAAUGCGCUGCUCAGAAUGGCGUGCCGAGGGAAGUGGUCGAACGAGCCAACGAGCUGGCCAGACUCUCCCGCAACGGUGAGGACAUGGUAGCCAUAUGUUCUGCAUUGGGAGAGGCAGAGUUGGAAGAGCUCCGGUCUGCAGAAAUGGUGGCGAGAACGUUCAAGGACCAGGACUUUGGCCAGGAAAUGAUGAAGGAGGAUCUGCUGGUAGCUCUGGAUGCCAUGCUUGGAGCGCCAUUUGAAGAGAUAGAUGGCUGA